CGCCUCUCGUCGCUGUUGUCUCCUGCCGUGUGUGUGUGUGCGCGGUGAAAGCCAGCCAAAAAGGACUAAAAAAUGGCGCUUACUUCCCAAGGAACAAAGAAAAAAGUUUGCUACUACUAUGACGGUGAUGUUGGAAACUAUUACUAUGGUCAGGGGCAUCCCAUGAAGCCCCACCGAAUCCGCAUGACACACAACCUGUUGCUCAACUAUGGCCUCUACAGAAAGAUGGAGAUAUACCGUCCACACAAAGCCAGCGGAGAGGAGAUGACCAAGUACCACAGCGAUGAUUACAUCAAAUUCCUGCGUUCGAUCCGGCCGGACAACAUGUCAGAGUACAGCAAGCAAAUGCAGAGAUUUAACGUGGGAGAGGACUGCCCGGUGUUUGAUGGUUUAUUUGAGUUCUGCCAGCUCUCAGCAGGGGGCUCCGUUGCUGGUGCCGUGAAGUUGAACAAACAGCAGACAGACAUUGCUAUCAACUGGGCUGGAGGCCUGCAUCACGCCAAGAAGUCAGAGGCCUCUGGGUUUUGCUACGUGAACGACAUCGUACUGGCUAUUCUGGAGUUACUGAAAUACCACCAGAGAGUUCUGUACAUAGAUAUCGACAUCCAUCAUGGAGACGGUGUUGAGGAGGCCUUCUACACCACAGACAGAGUCAUGACUGUGUCCUUCCACAAAUAUGGAGAGUACUUCCCUGGCACCGGUGACCUCAGGGACAUCGGUGCUGGAAAGGGUAAAUACUACGCUGUGAAUUACCCACUGAGGGAUGGGAUUGAUGAUGAGUCAUAUGAAGCCAUAUUCAAACCUAUCAUGGCCAAGGUAAUGGAGAUGUACCAGCCCAGUGCAGUGGUCCUCCAGUGUGGAGCCGAUUCUCUGUCAGGGGACAGGCUUGGCUGCUUUAACCUCACUAUUAAAGGCCAUGCCAAGUGUGUGGAGUACAUGAAGAGCUUCAACCUGCCGCUGCUCAUGCUGGGAGGAGGAGGCUAUACCAUUCGUAAUGUGGCACGCUGCUGGACAUACGAGACUGCCGUAGCUCUGGACAGCUCCAUCCCUAAUGAGCUCCCAUACAACGACUACUUUGAGUACUUUGGACCAGACUUCAAGCUGCACAUCAGCCCCUCCAACAUGACCAAUCAGAACACCAAUGACUACCUGGAGAAGAUCAAGCAGCGCUUGUUUGAGAACCUGCGUAUGCUCCCUCACGCCCCCGGAGUUCAGAUGCAGGCCAUUCCAGAGGAUGCUGUGCAGGAGGACAGUGGAGAUGAGGAGGAGGAUGAUCCCAACAAACGCAUAUCAAUCCGUGCUCACGACAAGAGGAUAGCCUGCGAGGAGGAGUUCUCUGACUCAGAGGAUGAAGGUGAAGGUGGACGCAGAAAUGCAGCCAGCUUCAAGAAAGCCAAGCGAGCCAAAACCGAAGGAGAGAAAGAGGGAGAAGAAAAGGAGAAGAAAGGUGAGGAGGAAACAAAAGAAGUAAAAGAAGAAGAGAAGGUGCCAGAGGAGGAAAAAAUGGACACAUCAAAGCCAAAAGAGGAGUCCAAGACACCCUGAGGUCCUCUGCACCCAGCGAUGCCAACGCAACAGAUCAGAUCUUAAAGCAAGAUUUUUUUGGAUCAAUCAUCUUUCCAGGCUGCUGCAGUGGAACUCAGUGAAGGACUGUAAAUGUAAACUGGGAUCUCAUUCCCUCACAUUGGGAUGGGGAUCCAAACAUUUUAGGUUUGUGUUUUUCUAGGACACCUUUUCAAUCUUGCAGUUUAUGGACUGAAGUCAAACCGAGUGUUUUUGAGUAUUGGUUUUGUAUACGUUCUCUUCACUUUUUUUGUGCUGGAUCUUUUUAUGCUAUGAAACUUGCUUUUUCCUUAUGAACUGUAAAAAUGGCUUAGCACAUGUCUGCUUUUUAUAUAUCUGAUGGAUUUAAUUUAUUUAAAUCAUAGAUAUUUUUGGCUACUUUGUUUUAUGUCUUUCGGUCCCACUUUUGUCCCGUGCCUUUGAAUAUGUAGUUGAAGCAUGUUGGAACAAUAGAUCAUUUUCUGUAAUAUAUUUGUGGUCUUGCCUGCCUAGGUCAGUGAGAGGGUUUCCAUUUUCCUUAAUAGCUUUUACAUGGCACAGUGUAAGCAAAUUACACUCUUAUAUUUUAGGUUAUGAUUUAGCAUGUAUCCUUCACAGACACAUGGACGUAGUUUGCAAAUUUGUGAGACUCUAGUCCUGUCAAAUGAUGCCUGUUGGACUUAGAUUCCCUUAAAAUUUGGACUUGAAUGUCCAAUGGGAGGCAAGACAAAUGUCUAAAUUCAUUGUUGUAUAUAUUUGUAUUCUGAAAACAUCAGUAAAAGUGUUCCACAAAAAA